GAAGUUGCCCUAACUUUGUGCCCCGAGCCUCAGGCCCCGCGCGCCUCCUUACGCAGCAUCCGCUCCUUUCCCCUCCGACCCGCCGCCGGCACCCCCUCCGCGCCCGCCGGUGAAGUCCUGCCGCUCCUCCGCGCGCAUUCUCUCUCCCCCGCCUCAUCAUCUACCAGAGGCGGCCAGCUCGGUGGGGAUUGCGCGAUGGAUGGAUACGGAGAGGCGGCCACGGCGGCCAUGGAGGUGGAGGCCGAGGCCAGUCCGUGCGCGGGGCUCUUCUCUCCUGAGACGUCGGAUUCCCCAUCUCGAAACCCUGAUGGAAGCGUGACCUCGAGGCGGCUCGCCCUCAAGAACAGAAUCCAGACCAAUUUCGGAGAUGAUUAUGUCUUCCAAAUUGCUUCUUGCCAGGAGAUCUCAACACUCGCAGUUUCCUUGUCAUCAAAUGCGCUGAAGUUUUAUUCUCCAGCAACUGGACAAUAUCUGGGGAAAUGUAAAGGACAUGAAGGAACUAUUCAUGAAAUCUCCUUCUCAGUUCCAUCAUCACCACAAGUAAUCUGUUCUUGUUCUUCUGAUGGAACUGUCAGAGCGUGGGAUACAAGAAACUUUAAGCAGAUCUCUCUGCUAAGAGGAGGCGCAUCGCAAGAAAUGUUUACCUUCUCCUUUGGUGGAUCAAGUGGUAACCUACUUGCUGCUGGCUCUAAUGCCCAGGUUCUAUUGUGGGAUUGGAGAAAUUCAAAACAAGUUGCAUGCUUAGAGGAAAGCCACAUGGAUGAUGUGACACAAGUCAAAUUUGCACCAAAUCAACAGAGCAAACUCAUUUCUGCAGCAGUGGAUGGAUUAGUAUGUGUUUUUGACACUGAUGGCGACAUUGAUGAGGACAAUCAUCUGCUAUCUGUUAUGAAUGCAGAAACAUCUGUUGCCAAAGUGGGGUUUUUUGGGAAUAUGUAUCAGAAGCUUUGGUGUUUGACCCAUAUUGAGACAUUGAGCGUUUGGGACUGGAAUGACGGGUCUAGAGAGUUGAAUAUAGAAGAUGCUCGCUCCUUGGCCACUGAUAAGUGGAACCUUGACCAUGUUGACUACUUUGUUGACUGUCAUUACUCUCUGCCUGAUGAACGGCUAUGGUUGAUUGCCGGCACAAGUGCAGGGACUCUAGGUUACUUCCCUGUAAGAAAUGAUCCUGCCGGAGCAAUUGGUCCCGCCGAAGCUAUCCUUGAAGGAGGCCAUACAGGGGUUGUUAGGACCGUGUACCCUGCCGCAGGAACCCAUGGCAGCCUUGGGCAAAAUAGGGGCAUCUUUGGAUGGACAGGAGGUGAGGAUGGCCGUCUCUGCUGCUGGCGAUCCGACGAAAUUGCAGAGACAAACAAGUCUUGGAUCUCGAGUUCAUUAGUCUCGAAGCUGCAAAAGAAAACCAAAAGCCGACAUCAGCCAUACUAGCCGCCAAGAACAAAUCUGUGUAACAUUUGCCGUUGAAAAGAGCAAGCCCUGUGUGUGUGCUGUGUGAGCAUGCUUAUCUUCAUGCUUAAAGUUCUAGGUCAUGAUCAACAUAUUUGGUAUAUCCCCGUAGAACAUUGUAACUGUUCUUUUUUUACACUAAUGGUUGAGAAUGCUACCGUAGUUCACGGGGACUAGUUAUCAAAUCCAUCCAAGUUCAUGGAAACUAGAGUACUGAAGCUUCAGAGCUUGGUAGCAUUAUCUAAAUUGAGCUUGGUAAAUGGUAACAUUUGGGCCAGCUCAGCGAUACUCGCGCGGACGUAGCAUGUGCAUAUGGGAUACCUUUGAACAGUAAGUCCAUAGGAGAUGCCUCUUUUGGGUCGCA